CUGGGCGCCUGGCUGGCCGGGCUGGUCCUGCGGCCGCGGGUGAGUCUCGUCCGCUCGCGCUGCCCACAGCGGCUCCAGCAGCUCCAGGCGCGGUUCCCCGGCCCGCGCCGCUCCCGGCCCCCCGGCUCGGGCGCCUCCCGCCGCAGCGCAGGCUCCCCCGCCGGCCGGGCUCCUGCGCGGCGCGGCUCGGCUCAUGCCCCCGGGCGCGGGGCACACAGGCCGGCCGGCAGCCGCUGGGAAAUAGGCCCCCGGGGGCGGCGGCGGCGGCGGGGCCAUGGCGCGGAGACCCCGGGCGCCGGCCGCCUCCGGGGAGGAGUUCUCCUUCGUCAGCCCGCUGGUGAAAUACCUGCUCUUCUUCUUCAACAUGCUCUUCUGGGUGAUUUCCAUGGUGAUGGUGGCUGUGGGUGUCUACGCUCGGCUAAUGAAGCAUGCAGAAGCAGCCCUAGCCUGCCUGGCAGUGGACCCUGCCAUCCUGCUGAUCGUGGUGGGUGUCCUCAUGUUCCUGCUCACCUUCUGUGGCUGCAUUGGGUCCCUCCGCGAGAACAUCUGCCUCCUGCAGACGUUCUCCCUCUGCCUCACCGCUGUGUUCCUGCUGCAGCUGGCCGCUGGGAUCCUGGGCUUCGUCUUCUCAGACAAGGCUCGAGGGAAAGUGAGUGAGAUCAUCAACAAUGCCAUUGUGCACUACCGAGAUGACUUGGAUCUGCAGAACCUCAUUGAUUUUGGCCAGAAAAAGUUUAGCUGCUGUGGAGGGAUUUCCUACAAGGACUGGUCUCAGAACAUGUAUUUCAACUGCUCAGAAGACAACCCCAGUCGAGAGCGCUGCUCUGUGCCUUACUCCUGUUGCUUGCCUACUCCUGACCAGGCAGUGAUCAACACUAUGUGUGGCCAAGGUAUGCAGGCCUUUGACUACUUGGAAGCUAGCAAAGUCAUCUACACCAAUGGCUGUAUUGACAAGUUGGUCAACUGGAUACACAGCAACCUAUUCUUACUUGGUGGUGUGGCUCUAGGCCUGGCCAUCCCCCAGCUGGUGGGAAUUCUGCUGUCCCAGAUCCUAGUGAAUCAGAUCAAAGAUCAGAUCAAGCUACAGCUCUACAACCAGCAGCACCGGGCUGACCCAUGGUACUGAGAAUCCAUCCUGCACCUCCUCACCAUGGAAACUGGCAAGCCUCAUAAACGAACAGCAGUGGGUGCUGAGAACAGCACCAAAUGGAGAUUUGGAUUCCAGCCCCCCAGUGACAGCCCAGUGGGAAGAAGCAAACUCCAGAUGGGCAGAAGGCAGGGUGCACAGGUGGCUCCAGUCUCAGGAGGAUGCGCCUCCUCUCCCCCAUCCCAGCCCUCAGCAUUGUGCCAGAGUGAUACCCUUAAGUGUUUGGGUUUAUGUUUUCAGUUUUGUUUGGGAAACAGCAGUUGCACAGAGAGUUGGGGGGUACUGCUGCUGCCUUUUCACCGAGGCACUGCCACCACCAGCUCUACCAGGGAUGCUCCUGAGCUUGGCGGACAUACUUAGAUCCUAACGUGCCAGUGAGACCUGGCUGUGGAGAGUAGCACUGGCAGCCCUGCCUGGACUCCACUUGGCAUGAUACCAGCUCCAGAAGGGAAGGGAGUGGAGCAGGCAGUGAGGAGCGAGCCUGGGGGUCGGCUAGGGACAGCCGUAUGUGCUAGGUAGGAGUGGAGGGAGAUAUGUUUACCAAAUGCCUGUCCUGCCAUCCUCCCAGGUAGUCAGAGUGAGCUACAUCCUGGCCCGCCUUCAUUUCCAUGGAAACAUGGCAGCUAGGACACGGGGUACAACAGCAGCCAAAUUCUUCCCCACCUCCCUUACUUCGAAAAAAAGUUUGGAACCCUGGUCCCUAUACUCUGCAGUCAGAAGUGGGACUGAGCCAUACAUGCCCUUGAAUUCCUCCCUGUCUGGCCCUCCCUCUCCAGCAAGCAGGGUUUUCUUUAACUUGGCAGUGUGCAGAGGAGAAGUGGUAACACCCCCACCCCAUUCCCCUGCAUCGGAGCUCAGUAUCCCUACAGGGUAAGAGGUAGGAAUCUUGCUGGGACGAGGGGAGCCAGAAGUGGCAAUAAAAGCGUGUUGACCUGGGCUA